GCCUGUUCACUUCCCUCUCUCUUCCAUGCGACUACGGCUGUGUGUCACAGUAGCAAUAGGCAUGCUACUAAACGGAAUAAAUUGCUAAAGUGAACUUUUAUAAGUUUUUCCUCUCUUUCAUCAUGGGUGACUCGGACGCGGUCGGGGCCUUUACUCGACGGAGAAGAGCGACUUUCGCAGCGGGGAGAGUUGCGAGUUUGCAGCCGAUGAACGGGAGGUCUGCAGCGGUAUGUCAGAGCUCAGCGAUCGCUGACAUUAGCACCGACAAUGGUUCGGAGAAAAAACGUGAGCAUUCACUGGAGAGAGCCCUGUUUAAAUCAAAGAAUGAGAAAAAGAAACGCAGGAAUGACAUUGGUGACAGACUGAGCUGUCACAGGACACAGGAGUCCCUGCUGACUUCAACCAGUGGUUACAAUAACUACAGAGGAAUCCUCAAUUGGUGUGUGGUAAUGCUGGUGCUGAGUAAUGCUCGCCUCUUCUUAGAAAACCUGUUGAGGUACGGCGUGCUGGUGGACCCUAUUCAGGUUGUCUCUUUGUUUCUCAAUGAUCCAUACAGCUGGCCAGCAGCAUGCCUGGUGAUUGUGUCCAAUGUGUUCAUUGUGGUGGCUCUCUACACAGAAAGGCAGCUAUCGAAGGGAUCAUUCAGUGAACUUGUGGGAUUUCUGGUCCAUUGCAUUAACAUGGCAAUCAUGCUAACAUUUCCUGCUGCAGUGGUUCUGCUGGUCCCCUCCGUGACCCCAGUUGGUGGUGCGUUCGUACUUGGUAUUUACACCAUUCUCUUCCUAAAGCUGUAUUCAUACAAGGAUGUCAACAUGUGGUGCAGAGAGCUGAGCACUGCCAAGGCCAAGAAACUGGCCAGGUCACUGUCUUGUCCCUCACCACAGUAUUUCAACAGAGGUGACCGCAAGGUGUGUUAUCCGGGCAACCUCACCAUCAGAGACAUGUACUACUUUGUCUUUGCUCCGACUCUGUGCUACGAGCUCAACUUCCCUCGCUCUCCUGGGAUUCGCAUGAGUUUCCUGCUGAGAAGGCUGUUUGAAAUGCUGUUCUUCACCCAGCUGUUAGUUGGUCUCACUCAACAGUGGAUGAUUCCCAUCAUUCAAAGCUCGAUGAAACCACUCGAGGACAUGGAUCUGUCCAGAAUGACUGAGAGACUCUUACGAUUAGCCGUUCCUAAUCACCUGCUGUGGCUGAUGUUUUUCUACUGGUUCUUCCACUCAUCCAUGAACUUCACUGCUGAGCUGCUGCGCUUUGGAGACAGACAGUUUUACCAGGACUGGUGGAACUCUGAGACGGUGACAUAUUUCUGGCAGAACUGGAACAUCCCUGUACACAAGUGGUGUCUACGCCACUUUUACAAGCCGCUGCUGAGGAGUGGAUUCAGUAAAAUAGUCAGCCAAUCAGCUGUCUUCCUCUUGUCGGCUUUCUUCCAUGAGUACCUGGUGAGUGUUCCGCUCAGGAUGUUCAGACUUUGGGCCUUCAUGGGCAUGAUGGCGCAGCUUCCAUUAGCCUGGUUUGUUGGUCGCUUCUUGCGUGGUAACUAUGGCAACGCUGCAGUGUGGAUGUCCAUCAUCAUUGGUCAGCCAUUCGCCGUCUUGAUGUACGUCCAUGACUAUUACGUCCUGCACUACAGACAGGAGGCCGACUGAUGUGCACACACACAUGCACACGCACACACACAUACACAUACACAUACACAUACACAUACACAUACACAUACACAUACACAUACACACACCUUUAAAUACUAUUAGUCUAAAGGGCAGGUAUCAACUAUUGUCCGCUGCAUGUCAGGAUCACGUCUCACAGCAUGUUUACAUUAGACACUUUGGCCAUUGUGUCUACCUGCUGGGAAAGCUAACAAUAGCUUAUGGAGGCAAAAAUAUUUCAAUUUUUAAAGUGGACAGUGCAGCAAAAUGUCAGUCUGUCAGAAACACUACUGUACAUUAAGUAAGCAGGGAACAGUAACUAGUUACUCAGGUGAUUUUUCAGACGACAGCACAGUUUGGGUUGAAAUGUGACAUGAAUGGAUAAUUUAUUGUAUUCGGUACAAAAACUUUUCUUUUAAUCAUAAAGUUCCAUAAAGAUUUUCCUCUUCAGUUGUGAACAGUGUGGUGACUAUAGCCGGAUUUUAUAAAAUGUUAAGUCGACAGCAUGAUUCAAGUGCCUUGUUGGAAGUAAUGAUCCUCUGUGUUUCUUCCUUUCUGUUUGUUGUCUUUCGAAGGCGUCUUAAUCUCUCUGUUUUUACUGUGAGAUGGAAACAUCACAAGGAGCAAUGAAUGUAUGCAGACAGGAUUUUAUUAAUAGAUGAUUUUUAUUUGUUUUAUGUUUUACUUUGUCAAUUAUGAAAAAGGCCAGCGUUACUGUAUGUCUGUUUUUAUACAUAUAUAAAUAUAUACAUGAUUUGCGUUACAAUUAUACAGCUCAUAUGAGUACAUUUUUGGUCUAUUGAUUUUUUCUUUGGAUCAGAAAAAUCCAUAGUAUGAAAAAUCUAUGCAUCACUGUUAUUGACAUUCUAGUAUCUCACUAGACUGUUGCCAAUUAAUGAUGUCUAAUGGUGUGUCUAAGUACAAUGUGUGUGUCUGAAAAUAAACAUUCAAAGAGUUCA